AUGUCUACCAUCACCUACCGCCAAGGGUUAAGUGGCCAGGAGAUUCGUCUCCUUCGUCUUCUGCCUGGGGAGUGGCUCGAAGACCUCGCUGCGGAAUUGUAUGUCGCCGACCGGGAUCAUGACUAUGUUGCGUUGUCCUACGCUUGGGGUAGCACUCGAAGGUCCAACAAGAUCAUCGUCAACCGUCAUGUCCACUUCAUCACCUUCAACCUCGACCGGGCGCUGAGGGCCAUUCGCCGAACCACAGAAUCCGUCGUCAUCUGGGUGGAUUCCGUGUGCAUCAACCAGGAAGAUGCUGCCGAAAAGAGCCAUCAAGUAGGAUUGAUGCACGGAAUUUUCGGUUCCGCCACCGAGGUCAUUGCCUAUGUGGGCGAUGGCUUGGAUCGCAGUCGUCAAGAUUACCCUCGCCGUUUCGCAAGACUUGGACAGACCGAUCCGUAUUAUUUCGGCCCAACAACAUGA